GUAGGACGGUCUGAAGAAGAGGAUGGAACUGCUAAAGCGGAGUGUGAUACAGGCCACAGAAGCUGUCAAUGAAGAACGGCAGAAAAACGUUGAUCUUCUGCAGAUGAUAUUUCCUUCGACAGUGGCUCAGAAGUUGUGGAGAGGCGAGACCGUGGAACCAACCAAAGUGAACGACGUUACGAUGUUAUUCAGCGACAUUGUAGGAUUUACGGCCAUCUGUUCCUCGUGCAAGCCCAUGACAGUCGUUAAUAUGUUGAACGCCCUCUACACCCACUUCGAUAACUUCUGUGGAAUGCUCGAUGUCUACAAGUUAUCGUGGAAUCAAUGCUUCGUUAAUAAUGGUCAGUGGAAACCCUUUCACCAGAUCUGUUAAAACUCAGUUCAUUUCUGCUG